AAUGAAUGGUAUUUCUUUAGUUGAGAUUGUGUAAGCCUUAGGUUUAAAUGUGUUUAAUAUGCAAUACUCAAUCAUUUGUUAAGUUUACAAUUAACGUUUCUCAACUCUAAUUUCAUUUGUAAAAUUGAGCUCAUAGUGUGGAGUUGUGAAGUAGAGUGAAAGCCACGUGGUGAUGCAGCCCCCAACGAGUGCCACGAAGUUGCAACUGUUGUUGUGAGCAUGAGACACCUACGUGAGAGUCUUGGACACGUGUCGAAACUAUAUCACUCUGUGUAAUAAUGUAAUUUGUAUAAAGAAAGAAAUCAAUAAAAAAACAAGAGAGGAUAAAGAAGAGGGUUUAGAGGGAGAAGUAGGAGGAAAGAUGAACAUGAAUAGUAGUACUAGCAAUAGCAAUGGUAGUUUGGAUAAGAGGAGUUUCAUGGAUGAGCUUAGGAGCUUUGACAAAGGUGGCUUCUUAGACUUAGGCCACCCUCUCCUCAAUCGCAUUGCUGAUACUUUCGUCAAGGCAGCAGGGAUUGGAGCUAUUCAGGCCAUGUCUCGUGAGGCUUAUUUUACUGCUUUCGAAGGACUUGAUUCAUCAUCUUCUAGGAGUAGUGUGGGUGGUAUUACUUCAGAUGUCUCAUCAUCAGCUGCCAAAAAGAGUCGAUUCCCAAACCUCAGAGGUGAAACAAACAGAAGUUCUAUUGAAGCCAUGGUGAAGGGCACAGGAAAAGAAUCAUUACAAUGGGGACUGGCUGCUGGAGUGUAUUCAGGUCUCACCUAUGGACUAUCUGAAGCUCGUGGAGCUCAUGAUUGGAAAAACAGUGCAGUUGCAGGAGCACUGACCGGGGUGGCAUUGGCACUUACGGCGGAGGAGUCUUCACAUGAGCAAGUGGUUCAAUGUGCCAUAACCGGAGCUGCCAUCUCUGCAGCUGCAAAUCUUCUCUCUGGCAUCUUUUGAUAAUCAUUAUCAAUCAAUCAUUUUGGCAUAUCUUUUAGUUUUUGUUGCUUUUUGUAGUAGUAGUAGUAUUUCUUAUGAGUGAAGAUAUUUGGCACUUGGAUUGUCUCUGUCCUUUUCAUCCUAUAAUAAUAAGCAGAACAUAAUUCAUAA